ACAGUUCAGAGUACCCCGAACAUCCCCAGCUCAGGGUAUAUCAGGGCCCUCAGCUCGACGGGGUGGAGGUUCUGACAUCCAGUAACACGAGCCCCUGACAUACUCGGGUCCGUGCUGAUUUUCGGGGGGAAAGUUGAGACGUCGCCAUGGAGGGAGGGGGUCAAAGGGGGAGGCUGACCAGAUGACCCCCCUUUCCCACUCUGAAAUAUCGCUCAGGUCCAGAAACACAAUUGUGCAUCGUGACAUGAAACCACCACCCACCUCAACCCUCUCUCCCUGUCUCCCCUCCUCUGUAGCCUGUCUGUGGUGUGUGUGUGUGUGUGAGUGUGUGUGUGUGUGUGUGUGUGUGUGUGUGUGUGUGUGUGGGUGGAUGUGGUAGUCUGCAGUAGUUAGCCAUGGCAAGCCAGUGUAGUGUAAUCCAGUGGUCUGUGUGCGUUUGUGUGUGUAAAAUUUUCCCGUGUGUGAAUGUGUCUCUGUACCUUUUUCUGUCUAUCACCAACUUAUUAAUUAUGCCCCUUGAUAAAUGACCUUUAACCCUUGGCAGAAAAGCAGCACCGUGACCCCCAGACUGACCCUUGUGGAACAUACAGUUUUGAUCUCUUUCCCUUUCCCCCCAUCACCCUCUUCCUUCUCAAGCUGUCUGCGCACCUUCUUUGCCUUGUUUACUUUGGUUUAAUGUUAUUGUUCCCUGCUGCACUGAGGCCUUUUCUACUAUCUGCCUCUUCCUACUAGAAUGCUAAUACUCAAGUCCUCACUUCUGCAUAAAGGACUGCAAUAUCAAUACUCGUACAGUCAUUUUUCUUUGCUUUUUAAUGUUUCUUUUUCUUUCAAACGCACUCCGCUCCUUCUCUGGCUCUCACUGCUGAAGCUCACUGUAUUUAUUUUUCCUGCAUUUUCUUGCAGACUUUUUCACUCUCACUUUCUUGUUUGGACUUAUUCAUUUGACUUAAAAACAUAUGUCUAACGUUUAUCUUCUGCAACGGUUGAUGAUGCUGGUUGACCAACACAUACACGUGCACACACUAGCAUCGUGGUGCAUUGUGGGAUAAUGAAUGUUUUGGUUUUGGCAAAAAAUCAUGGAUGUUUCUGCAUGAAGCAAUUUUAAUUAGUUAGAUAUUGUCAAAUGUAUAUUACAGAUUAUUACAACUGCUUAGAUAAUAUGAGGACUAAGUUACAGUCUUUCUUGCUUUUCAGGGGAGCUUGAAGUUUAUUUAACUCUCUUUGCCAAAGCUUGAGUGAACAUUCAUAGUUUUAGUUUCAGAUACAAAAUCUUUAUUGAUAUUGUGCAGUGCAUUAGCUUUAUACUGUCCUACAGGCAUGUAUUCAAAGACGCCUCACUAAAAUGGUGCCCUUUCCUGCCUCCUCACAUUUGCCUGAGAAGGAUCACUGGUUGCUGAAUGCUCUUUGACCUUUGGUUUGAAUCACUUCAUGAAAAUUAUCUUUGCCUAAUGCCAUGUGAUGCUUACGCAUUUACACAAAAAGAAUAUUUCUGAAAGAUGUUGCCAGAUUUGUUUCCUGAAUUGACUUUAUUUUUAUUUUUAUUUUUCUCUUUCUUUGCUUUUCUACUGAUGCCCUCUCCCCAUUUUUUCUUCUCACCUACUCUCAUCUCAUUUAUACUCUUUCUUCUUCUAUCUUUUGUUUUCCAUCUUUCUGUUUUUGGUUGUUCUUUCACGUCCUCUUCCUUACCGUCCAUUCUUCAUCUAUCCCUGUGCUCGUUUUCUCUCCUCCUCCUCCUCCUCCUAUUUUCAUACUCUCACUGUCAGGAGGACGUUUUGGCCCCAUUAACCUCUGACCCCCAGUCUCUGAGCGUGUCGGUGUCAUCAGGGGGCGGAGCAGGAAGUGGAAGUGAUGAUGAGGGUUCAAAUAAGGCCCAACCGAAACGCCUCCAUGUCUCCAACAUCCCGUUCCGCUUCAGAGACCCGGAUCUCCGCCAGAUGUUUGGGCAAUUUGGGAAGAUCCUUGAUGUAGAAAUAAUCUUCAAUGAGAGGGGUUCCAAGGGCUUUGGAUUUGUCACCUUCGAGAGUGCUGGUGAGGCUGACCGAGCAAGAGAAAAGCUGAAUGGGACGAUUGUGGAGGGGAGAAAGAUUGAGGUCAAUAAUGCCACUGCAAGAGUAGUUACCAAAAAGCCCCAGACGCCUCUUGUGAGUGGUGAAAUUCCAACUUCUGGAUGGAAGAUCAACCCUGUCAUGGGGGCGAUGUAUGCACCUGAACAACUCUAUACAGUUGCCAGUUUCCCGUAUCCCGUAGCAGCUCCCACCUUGGCCUACCGGGGCGCUGCGCUGCGCGGCCGAGGCCGAGCCGUCUACAACACGAUUCGCUCUGCUGCAGCAACACCUACUGCUGUGCCCGGCUACCCUGGGAUGGUAUAUCAGGAUGGACUGUAUGGAACAGAAGUCUAUGGUGGCUAUCCUGCAGCUUAUAGAAUGGCUCAGUCAGCAUCUGCUGCCACAGCAACCUACAGUGACGGAUACGGACGCAUUUACACGACAGCUGCGGAUCCCUAUCACCACUCACUCGGACCAACAACGACAUAUGGAGUUGGUACAAUGGCCAGUUUGUACAGAGGAGGAUAUAACCGCUUCACCCCGUACUGAACCAGAGGGAAGACGUCUCUUCUGAACUCUGGGAUUGGCUGAUCCAUGGGCACUUCAGGAUCGAUUGGGAGAUCAUUGAAAAUGUGGAAAUGAUUUUACUUCCUGCCUCCAUCACUACCUCUCCUCGAGAGACUAAACAGACUGAAGUUGUAAAUAGUGUAGGACCCAUCGUCCAUUCUACUGAUGAAUACUUAGCACCUGAAAGAGGAUGCUGUGUAUGUAAUAUAUAGACAUUUGCUGAAAACCUUUAAAGGAUUAUUGUUUUUUGAUUUGAAAGAGUACUUAUGUGAGCUAACAAUACGGAAGUUGGAGAUAAAUACUGUGAGAAUGAAUUUUGUGAGCCAAUAGCUGGAAUUUUUCAAUUUUCGCGGAUCAAACUGGAUAAGAAAAAGUUUGUACAAUGUUGAAUGACUUAUUAUGUGACGAUUAUUUACAAAAUCUGUUUGACUGUGUGUGUGUGUGUGUGUGUGUGUGUGUGUGUGUGUGUGUGUGUGUGCGUGUGUGUGCGUGUGUGUGAGCAUAUGAGUGAGGUUACACAUCAAUAUUGUUCAAUUUGCAGGUCAACCAAGAGACAGCUGUGACACUGGUAUCAGUCUCACAAACAGCAGAACUAAUGUUUGUCUGGAUGUAGUUGGAAUUUCAUUUCUUUUUUUUUUUUGCAUUUCUAACAAUCUACCUCUCAAACAUAUUUCACUUUUAAUAUAUCUUUCAUUAUUAAUCCUGUAUCAUUUUCUGUACUUGUGAUCUUUGAUUCUGCAGAGCUUUUUCUUCUCUCUUCCAUUACUGCUAAUUCAACAGCGUUUUAGUUUCUGUACCUCACGACCCAAUGAGCCUGAUGCCUAUCGAGAGUUAUUUCUCCUCUUCUCACCCGGGGGAGUUGUAUUUGUCUGAGCUGCUUUAAACCCGGUUUCACUGUCACUCAGUUAUACACAUGCACAUCUGGGAAUUGCAAUACGAUGCAGUCUUUUGCUGUCGGCUUUACCAGACAAACUAAGAUUCAAAGGCAGAAAUAUUUGAAUGUUUCAGGCCAGAGGCUGCUGUUCUCAUCUGAAUACUGCAGAUAUAACUGCUCACUGUCAGAGUUCAAGUAUCCUGUUCUGCUCUAUUCAAACCCUUGUUGCUUUAUUUCACUCUUUACUGUCAUCUUUUUCUUUCCUGUAUUUCUCUGUCUUUCCUCACUCAGAGCUGUUGAAUGACUUCUUGACUUGUAUUGAUAAUUUCUUCUUCUCUUUGUUUCUGUUGCAGUCUUUUCUGCUGUGUUUGAUGGUUACCUCUAAAUAAAACAGUUUUCUCUCU